AUGAUUUUCUCGGCGCUGUUUGGCUGGAAUUCAUUGAUUAUUUUCGGUACUGUUUUGAUAGCAUUAUAUUUUUAUUUGACGCGAAAUUUUAACUAUUGGUCGUCCCGUGGUAUCAGUGGUCCCAAACCGAUACCCGUUAUGGGCGGAUCGUAUCAAGUAUUUCAUAAAACAAUACCUGAAUUGGGCUGGGACAAUUAUCAAAAAUAUGGUAAAAUUUAUGGUACAUAUAUGGCUGAUCGCCCGGUGCUUGUAGUGGGCGAUCCCAAACUAAUCAAAAAUAUUUUUGUCAAAGACUUUCAUUUGUUUGUCGACCGAAACGAUUGGAUAACCUAUGAUCCGAUAAACGACAGAUCAUUAUUGAAUCUUAAAGGCGAUGACUGGAAGAAAAUGAGAUCAAUUAUAUCGCCGACCUUUUCGUCCGGAAAAAUGCGUUCAAUGCAUCCGCUGAUCAUUGAUUGUAUCAAACGUUUGGACCGAUAUAUGUCGGACAAGCAUGAGGUGGAAAUGAAGAAAGCUAUGGGCGGACUGACUAUGGAUGUGAUCGCUACCUGUGCUUUUGGCACCCGAAUCGAUGCAUAUAUAAAUAGUAGUAGUAGUAGUAGUAGUAAUAGUAGUGAUCAAAAACCCAGCGAUUUUGUUUUGAACGCACAAAAAGUAUUUCGCGGAAAUUGGAGGUUAUAUGUUGUGCUGACUGUGAUGGCGAUAUCAACGAAACUAUUGAAAUGGUCGGGUAUUAAGUUUCUGGAACCGGGAGCUGAAAGAUUUUUCGUAUCAGUUAUUCAGUCAAUUGUCGACAAACGUAUGGCAGCGGCGGCGGCGGAUGGACUGACCAAUCAAAAACAUAACGAUUACAUACAACUAAUGAUUAACGCAAAAAACAAAACUAUAGACAACUAUAGCAAUGAUAGUCAUCAAGUGGUCGGUGAUGACAAAACUGAAGAGAUUUAUGGUUCGACAGACAGUCUGAAGUAUAGUAGACCUAAGGAUGAUAUCACUGAUGAGGAUUUGUUGGCCACUUCGAUGCUGUUUUUUGUGGCCGGUUAUGAAACAACUGCCACUACGUUAAGCACACUAAUGCAUUCACUGGCCGUCAAUCAGGAUUGUCAGCAAAAACUGUACGAAGAAGUUACCAAACAAUUUGAUGGUAAGUAUGACUACGAAAGUAUCGGCCAAAUGCCAUAUCUGGAGGCCUGUGUCGCCGAAACAUUACGUAUUUAUAGUCCAAUUACAUCGCUGUCCAGACAUCCUGUCGAAGAUUAUAUUAUUGAUGACAUCAGUCUAACAAUACCAAAGGGUAUGCCUGUUAUGAUAAAUGUCUCGGCUUUACACCGCAAUCCCGAAUACUAUCCCGAACCCGAUCGUUGGAAUCCCGAACGGUUUAUGCCCUACAAUCGGGAUAAGUUAGUUCCCUAUACUUAUAUGCCGUUUGGUUUGGGUCCCAGAAAUUGUGUGGGAAUGAGGUUUGCAUUGAUGGAGACAAAGACAGCCAUCGCAUACCUGAUCACGAAAUACAAGUUUGUAAAGACACCGAAAACUACUGAAUCGUUGAAAUCUAAAAAAUAUGAAUUUUUGUUCACUACUGACGAUAUCUAUGUCGGAGUUGAAAACAGAAAUUAA